UAUUGCAUAUAAAACGAAAAUGGUAAAACAGACAUGCCUUCUUUAUUUUGUUUGCUUAUACAAUGUAGGCUUCUGAUUUAGAGGAUUCGCUACUCGUUCCUUUACAGUUGAUGAUCAAGAAUGACUUGAAGGGCUAUAAAGAAAGCAGAAAACAAUUCGAAAGGGCAUUGGACCGAUAUGAGGCACAAUUAAACAGAUACCAUGUACUUAGUAAACAAAAAGAAGCAAGUGCUUUAAGAGAAGAUGCUUUUCAAAUGCAUGAACUGCGCAAGGCCUAUGUCCGCAGCAGUGGCGAGUAUUUUUCAAUAUUAGUAGCAUUCAAAGAAAGUCUAGAACAAAUGCUAGUGAGCUGCUUUACAGGAGCAUUAGACGCUUAUAUUGAUGAUAUUGACGAAUCUGCAGCAGCGUGUGCUCAUGCACGUACAAAAAUCAAUGGUUGGAAAUACUGGCUAGACGAAAAGAAAAGAACCAGUGAUUACCAACUGGAAAAGAUGAACAAGCGAUAUACAGAGCUGCAGGAUGCGUACAUUAACCAGUCUAAACCACACCGUUCUCUCAAGAGAUAUUCUACUUCAAGUAAUGAUCCCAUGUCUGCUGUAUCCCCUAUGGAAAGUGAUGAUGAUUUAAGCACACCAGACACAAACAAGAAUGAAAAGCAAGGCUAUCUUAAUUGUCGUAUUGCUACACCCAAAGUUACUCGACCACCAUGGAACAGAAAGUGGUUUUUCUUACAAGAUGGCUGGUUUGGUACAUGCACUGUGUCUACUGUUCAAAAAGAGAAAGGCUGUAUUGUUUUGGGUGACCGUAUUCGCAUCUCAGAAGCCAUCUUUCGUAUAUGUUCAGAUGUGGAUCGUCGGUUUUGUUUUGAAGUAACUCAUCCUAAAUAUACUUUCUAUUUACAAGCAGAAACUGAACAAGAAAUGCAACAAUGGCUAUGGGCUAUUGAGAACAGCAGAGACAAUCCAGCAUCAACCUCAACACCAUCACUUGGUGCAUUGUUGUCUCCCAAGACCAAUAUGAAAAGCACAAACAUAGAUGGUCUCAUUGCCAUGUCUACUUCUCCUUUGCCUAGCCCCAAGUUAGAGCCCAAUUCAUCCACAACUACUUCUUCCUUAACUUGCCUCAUGAUUCGAGAAAGUUAUCAGUCUGCUUUAACCAGUGAAGCAACCAGUCAGACAAAUACAAACAGCAAUAUUUCUAACCAUCUCUCUUCUUGGGGAAUGCCUUGGUUAAGCACGGGUAUUAAUGCGUUUGCUGGUCUAGAUGACGAUCAGUCUCUGCAAGACAACAAAUCAAUAGCCUUACAUGAACCAAACCAAGUGGUUAUUUGGCCUACAAAACUGGAAAUGGAUGUCUCGAAGCCUAGCUUGAUGCCCUAUCCUACUUACUUAGAAGAAAGUCAACGAGAAUUAAGAAGAUACUUUAGUCAUGUGCCUGAACAAGAGACUGUGCUCGAGUCAUUUGUAGCUUCUUUCUAUCCUUUUUUAGAAGACUCCUUUGGCUAUAGUGGAAAAGCAUAUCUAACCCAAACUAACCUUUGGUUCUACAGCUGUACAUUCAUGACGUGUGUCAAUAUGGUCGUCAUUCCGUUUGAAAAGAUCAAAUCUGUCCGUUUAGAAGACACAAUGAUGCUGAUUGAUACAGAACCCAAGCAGUUUUGUUUUAGUCUUUGGCUUACACUCCCCAGCAUGAUUUCAGAGAAACUAAAAUGUGCCGUCGAGAAUUACAAGACCAUGGAUAUCAAACAACUAUAUGAUACUCUUCGAAAUAUCAACCCUCCCCCUAAAACAAAAAAGAUACCUACAAACCAUGUCACCACAUCCAGUGCUUUAUAUGCUUCUAUCACCCCAAUUACCGUGCAAGCACAACAACAGUACUUAUCUCUUAAACCAAAUGCUUCUACUUCUACAACCACAACAACAGAUGAGGGAGAAGACAAUCAUAGUACCAGCCAUCAUCAUGAAGAAGAUAACACAGGCACAUCUUUUGCUCAUAAUUCUCCUGCACAAGGCGCUUUAGCUGCUGUAGCAGCAAAGAGUAACCAACAAAAACGAAAAUCUAUCAUGAAGCCUACUUCUUCAACAAAAACAACAACAACAACACCUUCAAACCAUGAUUGGCCAUCCGAUAUACCACAACCUAAAGAACCUGUCUCUUGUGGAUGUAAAGACCAUCUUGAAAAGAUAGAAGCUGAUCUCGCUCUCUCUUGCAAUGCUAAGCAGUUAUUUGAUCUAUUGUUCUCAGAUCAAAGUACAGUAUGGACAAAAUUAAAUCAAUCUAAAGACUGUAGUGAUCCUGAAUUUUCAUCCUGGCAAAACCAAGAACGUACGAUGCAAUAUAUCAUGCCUGUAUCCAAUCCAAUGAUUAAAGCCAAAGAGACCCAAGUGAUUGAGACACAACAUAUCCUGCAAGAAAAACCUCAUCUGUGCUAUACUGUGGUGGUGAAAACCAAGACACCUCACUUACCUUAUGCUGAUGCAUUCUUGCCUACCAUCAAGUACUGCAUUACGUUUGUAUCGCCUACAGAGUCUCGACUGGUAUGUUCUAUUGGUGUUCAAUGGUUAAAGAAUAUCUUUGUCAAAGGCAUGGUCAAUCGUGCAGCCAUCAAAGGUAUGCAAGAAACAAUUGCUGGUAUAUUACCUCUCGUCAAAGCAGAAGUAUCCAAAGAAACAAAACAACAACAAAAAGAAGAAGAUAAACCAAAACCAAAACCAACUGACAUACCAAAUAAAAGACCCUAUGUUAGUUUGGAAAACAAGAUGCCUUCCUUAUGGACGUGGAUAUUGGGCUUGAUGUGUAUAUUGUCUGCUAUAUACCAAUUAUAUGUUCAGCAUAGAUAUCAAGCUUUGUUACAGGAUCAACAGACAGUGACUUGGUACGGUAUCUAUCUGCGUGAUGUAGAAGAACAAUUGGCACAAAAACAAAUGGUCCAUGUCAACAGCACAGUCUACAACUUGUUCAGAGAGGCAAAAGUACGAUAUCAAUGGACAAGCAAACAACAUAGGACUAUGGCAGCCGAGAUUGAUAUCAUGAAGGAAAGGUUAGGUGUGCUUCGGUAUGAAUUGCUGUCGAACUUUCGUAUUUUAAACUUGAUUGAAUGCCAAUUGCUCGAAAAUGAGUAUUAUAAUUGGGUGUCUGAUAAGAUGCUUCAUUGUCAAGAGGAUGGUUUAUGUCAGUUGCUGGAAGAUGAGCUUGCAUAACAUGAAAGAAUAAAGAAGCAUAUUAUAUAGGUGUGUCGGAGUUUACACUGGCUAUCGAAUUUUGCUCAGAUCAAACUUUUGGUCAAAAGAACAUUUUAACACCAUUUUUUCUUCUUGAUG